UUAAAUGCCAACAGUCUUACUGUCAAAACACAGCCUGCAGCAACAUGAUGGACCUGUUUGAGACCAACACUUAUUUUUUCAACGAUUUACGUUAUCUUGAGGGGGACCAUGAGACCCUGGAUAUGCCCGGUGUGUCCCCACUUUACGAGGGAAACGACAGCCCUUUGUCGCCAGGACAGGACCCUGUCCCGUCGGAAACUGGAUGUGAGAGUAGCGGAGAAGAGCACGUCCUUGCGCCACCAGGGCUUCACCCGCACUGCGAGGGUCAAUGCCUGAUCUGGGCUUGCAAGAUCUGCAAACGAAAGUCGGCACCGACAGACAGGAGAAAAGCAGCCACUCUGAGAGAAAGGAGGAGACUCAAAAAAAUCAACGAGGCGUUUGACGCGUUAAAGAAAAAGACGGUUCCCAAUCCGAACCAGAGGCUACCCAAGGUUGAGAUUUUACGCAGCGCAAUAACCUAUAUUGAGAAAUUGCAGGACCUGUUGCACACGCUGGACGAGCAAGAUCAAAACUCUGACAGUCACCCUUAUACAUAUACCAUCAAAGAAAAUCAUGUGGCUCCUAGUGAGUAUCAUUGGAAAAAAACCUGUCAAAGCUGGCAGGAGAGCCCAGAUCAUUCCAACUCCAAUAUGGCCAGAGAAGGAGGCGCAAUGGAGUCUUCGGCAUCCAGCAGCCUUCGUCGACUCUCCUCGAUUGUUGACAGUAUUUCCACGGAAGAGGAAAAUCGAUGUACCGACCAGAUCUCAGAAAAGUGAAGCUUAAACACUAUUUCACAUUUCCGACUUUUUAUUUAUUUCCAUGAGUUAGUGUAAACGUUUAUCUGUAACAGGUGACACAUUAAUAACUUUCAUCAAUUAAACAACAAGAAUAUUGCGAUUAAAUAAUAAAUACCCACAUGAAAGAAUACUGUAGUAUAUUUUAGUAUUACAUAGUAAACUGUACAUUUUACAUUUACAUUGUUAAUGUAUUCUAUAGCCUUCUAACUGUAAUGAAUUGAUAAACUGUAGUAAAUACUUUAAUAUUUACUAUGUUCAGAAAAACACUAUAAGGGGCAUUUCGCGUCUUUUGCGUGCGAAAAUAUUUUAAAUACGCACGCGAUGCGCAGCGACGCGCUCUUUUUUAAAAAGGGCAGCUGCACCGCAGCCAGUUGAAAAUACUUCAGCUAUUCAGAAUGCGAAAACGCGUAGGAAAGGGCUACCCAAGGGAUACUAAAGUACAGCAUAGUAUUUUUUCAUGUGGGAUAUGGCGCUUAAAUUUAUUCUGAAUUUAAAAAUGUCUAAAUUGAAAAAUUCAUGCAUGUUUUACAUUGAAUGACCAUUCUUGGAGAAUGAUAUUUCUAAAAUACUAUUGAUGAAGGUUAUUGUGAAGUUACAUUGUAUUCUGUGUAUUUUCUUCCAUAAUUUUGACCAAUUCCAGGCUUUUUUCCAUGGUCACUGUCAUCAGAAUUAUUCCUGUGAAUUUAUAUGGUCUUCCAAAAAUGUAAAUAUUUUGUAAUUUAUUGCUGUUACUUAAAUUAUUUUAUAAAUUAAAAAGAAGAAAAUACCUUUGAGAGCACUUGGCCGCUGCCGGAUAUGUAUCCAACAUUAAACAAUACAAAACAUUUCAAAGAUGUACUGUAUUACGCUUGUU